AUGAGGAUCUACAACAUAUAUCCUUGGACGAUCAGAGUGAAUGUGAUUUUGAUUGUUACAAUCAUUUUGCACAAAACGCUCCAUGAGCCCAUGUUUAUUUUUCUGUGUAGCUUGUGUGUAAAUGGGAUAUAUGGUGCCUUUUCAUUUUAUCCUAAAAUAUUGCUGGACUUUUCUUCGGACGUGAGUUUUAUUUCCUAUAAAGUUUGUCUGGGUCAAAUCUUUGCAUUAUACAGCUAUGCUGGCUGUGAAUUCACUAUGCUGGCAGUGAUGGCUUAUGACAGGUAUGUUGCCAUAUGCAAGCCGCUUAAUUACCACUCCAUCAUCACGCCUCAGAAGCUGUUGGUCACCCGUCUCCAAGGACUCCGCAAUUUCAUGUCCCUGGAGUUCCUUGUUGUUCCACCGCUCCUAAAUCCCCUCAUCUAUGGCCUGAAAAUGAGCCAGAUCCGUGGAAGGAUCUUUGGAAUUUGCAGUCAGAGAAUGUACACCCUCACUGCUGCUGCCUCUGGCCUGCUCUCUGAGGCUUUACAACACGGUAAACUGUGA